CCUGUGUGCGCUGUUCCUGAACAGCAGUGCGAAACUCCUGCACUUCCAUCGGUGUUUAAUGUUCAUUUUCUGUUGUUUUGAGUUUUUAAUCGUGACUUAUGUCGCGCUGAUGUGAUAUAGAUGUGUUUCUGGGCGCGUACGUGUGCGGUUUGGAUAAUUCGCGGUGUUCUUGCGGCUUUGUGAUGAUCAGAUGAUGGCGCCCUCUAAGAUGAAGCUGCGUGUGAGGAAGAGAGACAGCGCUGGGAAAUCUUCUCAGCGUUUAUUGGCCAACGCGUCGCCCGAUUCCAAAUGCCCCAUCUGCCUCGACGGCUUCAAUAACGUGGCGUCGCUGGACCGUUGCCUGCACCAGUUCUGUUUCCGCUGCAUCCACGAGUGGUCCAAGAACAAAGCCGAGUGUCCGCUCUGUAAGCAGCCCUUCCACUCCAUAAUCCACUCCGUCAAAGGGGAAAACGACUUUAAGGAGUUCGUGCUGCGUCCGCCGGAGAACGGAGUGCCUGCGAAUGCCGAUCCGCCUGAGCGUGUGGUCCGCCCCCGAGUUCUCCGAAGCCAGGAGAGGCGGAGCCACAGAGCACAAAACCCCGCCCCUUCCUCUUCCCCUCCACAAGAGGAUGACGUUAUGUUCGAUGGCCUGACGGAUGCUGCGGCGCUCGCAGAGAACCAAGACGUGCAGCAGAUGGUGCUGCGAUUAACAGCACGCAGACAUGGGCGUGGCGAGGGGCGGAGCUUGCGGCGUUUGCGCGACCAAGAUGUUGUGGCGUUCCGACGCGCGCUUUAUAGGACCGGCGUGCGAGUGCGCAGCUCGAGGGACGCUGGCAGGCAGAGGGACAUUUCUGCCGUGUUCUUGCGACAAAAUCCCGGCUGUUUGCGACGACUAUUGCCUUGGCUGCAGCGAGAGCUCACGGUGCUGUACGGUUCGCACGGCUCGCUGGUGAACAUCGUGCAGAACAUCAUCAUCUCACGCAUCAUGAACUACAACAUGGAGGACUCGGCCAUCCGGGACGAGCUCCGCCCCUUCCUGCUGGCGCGCACCGACCACUUCCUGCACGAGCUGGUGAGCUUCGCCCGCUCCACCCUCAACAUGGAGGUGUACGACCAGCAGGCCGUGUACGACUGUCCCGCUCCCAGCUACGAGGAGGGCAGCAGCUCAGACCUUUCUGUUAUCGCCAUCUCCGAGGAUGACGACGAUAAUGACAGUGAGGACAAUGUCACAGAGAAUCCCUCUGCUGUCCAGGAAUGCCUUGCAUCCGUUGCCACAGCAAGUGGAGUGGAAAGUUUGCCAAGUCAGUCAGCGUGGGAUGAUGAGACGCCUGGUCCCUCCUAUUCAACCCUCCUCCCCUCUUCCAGCCAAUCACAUGGCGAGGGGGCGGAGCCAAGCGCAAGCACAGCCCCUCCCCUCAGCGCCCUGGAUAUGACUGACCCUGUGGUGAGUGGCAGAGUGUCAGCCGGACCGGGUGAAGAUGACGAAGAGGAAGAGUGCCUGAUUGUGGGAUACGUGAAACCAAUGGCCGAACGAACUCCAGAACUUGUUCAGCUCUCUUCAGACUCGUCUGAAGAGGAGCAAGAGCCAGCCACCACUGAGACAAUGGCCUCAGUAACGAAAUCAGAGGCAUCCCAAGUGCAGCUCCCAUUACAUUCCCACAUGAACCCAAUUAGCCCUAGUUCCUCCCCAGGCUCUGCUCCCUUGUGCAGUCCACAGCAUUUACACUCGGAUGGAGUCAGGUCACACAGCAGAGAACAAGAGGUCGACUACUUGUCCUUCCGUGGUCACCAGUCCAAAGAUGGUUCACAGUCACAUUCACAGCAGAGUCGAGGUGACUCCAGGUGCAGAGGUCACAAGAGGCACAGAAGUCAUCGGCGCUCUGGCAGCAAAGAGAAGGAUAAGAGUUUAGAACAAUCUCGGCACGUCAAGACCCCGGAUUGCUCACCAAGCCAAACACAGAGCUGGACACAAAGCCCAGCAGUGUCCGUUUGGAGCGUUAGCCCUGCCUCUAAGUCACACAGUAGCGACUGCUCUCCUUCUCGAAAUAAGAGCGGAGAGCAUUCGCGCCAUGCGAGAGAGAGAUUCUCACAUUCUCCUGCCAACUCCAGGAGGAGGAGAACCAAGGAAAGGAGGAGUAGGUCACCCGACUUGGACUCGUUCCUUGGUUCCCACCAUCCCUGUGAGGCAAAGCGUAGUCGUAAACGGCGCAAGCGGUCGGUCAGCAGCAGCGGCGCUGAUUCACACUCCGAAAAAUCCUGCCUGGACAAACCCAGUGGUAAACGCAAGUACAAAACCCGGCACUUGGAGCGAGCAGCCCAGCGGCAGCACAAGGAAGGAACCACAAGCAAGGAAAAGCGGCACCGAGAGCGGCGACGAAGCAGGGAACGAUCUCCAAGUGUGGAGAUAAUCUAUGAACAAAAGCCGCCUGACCCGUACUGGGUCCAGCGGAGGAAGAGGAAGCACCGGAAGCGAAGGAGGGAACUGCGUUCUCCCACUGUGAUCACGAUCGAUAGCGACAGCGACCGUACCAUUGACUGUCUGGACCGCGUCAUGGACGUUAUAGACCAAACCGCUGCUGAUUUCGAGCAGAGGGAUGAGACUCCUAAGCAAGAGUCCAUCCAGAACUCAAGUUAUACCUUGGACUCUUCAAAUCCUCUAUCCGAGCCUUCGAGUCCCAUGGGCAGCAGUGACCCAAUUACUGAACGCACACUAAACCUGGACGACUGUGUGGUGGAUGUAGUCGACCACAGUAGUUCCGACUGCUCCAGAAAUAUGGGUGCCAGUAACCACCAAGAGUUUAUACCCAACCAUUUCCCAGUGGAUUCGAUAAUAAUGGCGCCACCUUCGGACGUGAGGCUGCUGGAAACCAUACUGCAAGAUCUUGUGGAUUUCCUACCGGGGGCAGAGCGGGAAAUGGGGCGGAGUUCUCCCGGCCAACAGGAACCCGCUUCUAGACAACAAAAAGACCAAUCAGAGAUUUGAGGAGAUGCCGAAAAUGUAGAGAAUGAGAACACCGUUGGCAACGGACUGCAAGAGUCGAUGACCAACACUGCUAGCAGACUUUUUUUACAUACACAUGCUUGUCUGAUGCUUAUCUGAAUCUCCUCUAGACGUUUUAUAAACUCAUUUAAAGUUUGAAUUCCUGCUGGAAAUGGAUGCUUAAACGUUUGGAGAACUUUUUUUUUUGCCAUUGUCAACGUCAUUAUGAUUGUUCAUGUUGUAUUUAUAGUCAUGGUGAUCCUCUUCCUUGAAUCUGGUGCUGAUUCUCUGUGCCACAACCCAACUACGAUCAUGCCUGGAUGGCAACCCUUGUUCCCCUAACCUUAACUCUAGUUGCAACAAAUACAUAGGGGUUACCGUCUAGGCUAGUGGUUCUCAGCUUGUUUGCUUCAAGACUCUGAUUUUGUUUGACAAGACGCAGGGCCUUUGACAAACCGAACAAAAAAAUAUGGUAAACUUUAUUUUGCUAUCCUACACUCUUAGAAAAAAUGUGCAAAACU